CUCUCUCUUUGUUUAUUCUCUAGAACUCAGCCUGUCAAUUUCUUCCCAACAAAACCACUUUCCUCAUUCAUCCGUCAAUAUUUCACCUCUCUACCGAUGGGUACACACACAUAUAACUUUCUCUAACACACUGGCACCACACACUAUUUGUCCAAAGAUAUCUUCUUUUCGACGAGUACUCGAAAAGUUCUUUGGUGAAACACCCGAACUAUUUCUGCUCUUCAUAGUCGCUUGCCUCAGGGCGUUAUCACGGGUCAAUUCGCAUAUUAUAUCUCAAAGAGGGGUUUAUUGUUUACAAAAUAAGAUUUGGAGGUCAAGAUCUCAUGAGAAUUCUUAGGGGAAUGCAGAAAACAAUUUUAGAUGAUCAGAUCCUAUUGAGCUGGAAGAACAAAUCGCUCAACCGUGGAAUUGGCGUUGCUGCCCCCAAGGCCAGAACACGCGGCAAAUUGAAAUCUGCAUCUUUGUUUCUCUAACUUUUUGUUUUUGUUGGGCGGGGCAAAAUAACUAAAACAAGCGAAUAAGAGCUUCCACCUUGGAGUUUGAAGAAGGAAAAUUAUGACUCGGAUUUUAGUUCAGCGAAACUCUGCUGGUUCAGCAUCAUCAUCAAAUCAAAAUAGAUCAUCACCAUCAUCAUCAUCACAACCAUCAUCAUCAUCACAACCAUCAUCGUCAUUGUUGUCAUCAUCUUCUUCUUCCUCUUCUUCUGGCACUGCACAAGUUGUUCAAGCUGUAAAAGAUGAGAAUUUGGUAGCACAAGUUCAAGAACAAACUAUUGUGGAUGAGUUUGUAGAGAAAUGUGUAGUAUCUGUGAACAGAGGCGAGGAUUUUUUUUCGGGAACUUCAAAUGUUGAUCAGAGUCAAAGUGAAAUAUCCGAGAAUGAGAAGAAGGCAUGUGAUGAUGAUGCUACAAGUCCCAGAAAUUCCACAAAGAGGUGUGGGGGAUUGGCAACUGUGGAAGAAGAAAAUAAUGUUGUGGGCUCUGGAAGUUCUUUCCGUACAGUCACUGGCAGUACGUAUCCACCACCUCCGCCUGUGCCCCCUCCUAAACCAGUGAUUACAAAUUCUAGAAGAUAUGCACCUUCAGAGUCGAACGCUGUGAGAAUAGAGCCUUCCAGGAGAACUUCGGGCUGGCCUGGUGCGUGCAGCCAGUCAUCACCAACUGGAUCUCGUGCAUCUUCACCUAGGGCCCAUUGUGAAGGUGAAGGAUAUAACAGUGCUGAUGAGCAGGGUCCAUGCUUUACUUCAUCCUUUGGUGAUUCAGAAAGGGAGCAUCAGUUUGUGAUUGAUUUGAGGCGACUCAAAGGCUUGGAAGUAAGAAAAAUGCUCGAGGAUGGGAACUGCCUUUUUCGUGCUGUUGCAGAUCAAGUAUAUGGUGACUCUGAACUAUAUGAUUUGGCUAGGCAGAUGUGUAUAGACUAUAUGGAGAGAGAAAGAGAUCACUUUUCACAGUUCAUAACUGAAGGAUUUACUUCCUAUUGUAAGAGGAAGAGAAGGGAUAAGGUUUAUGGAAAUAAUAUGGAAAUCCAGGCUCUAUCAGAGAUGUACAAUCGACCCAUUCAUAUAUAUUCUUAUAGUACAGAACCUAUCAACAUAUUCCAUGGAAGUUAUAAUACUGACACGCCCCCAAUACGACUCAGCUACCACCACGGAAAUCACUAUAAUUCCCUUGUGGAUCCACGUAGGAUGACAGUUGGAGCUGGACUUGGUUUUAGCUCUCUUCAGGGGAGGAACGUCGAUAAAGAUCAGGUCAAAGCAGCUAUUAAGGCUCAACAAGAUCAGCAGAUUGACAAUGCGCUUAUAGCUGAGGGACGAUUUCACUCUGAUAUUGAGCUGACUGAGAAGGAAAUCGAGCGCAUGGUAAUGGAAGCUUCUAGAGCCGAGUACCUGGCGGACGACAAAUUCAAGCAACAUAUAGGUCACAGGGAGUCGUCGACUUCUCGAGCGGAACCAUCAUCAUCUGCAGCCAGUGAGUUUCUCAUGUUCAAGUGCAUUUUCUGUUUUCCAUCUGAUAAAAUGCACAUUGUUUCUGCAUAUCAUUUAUGGAUAUCUACAAAAUCAGAUCUAUAA